AUGGACCUUUUAAAGAUAUUAGAUACCGCGCCAGAGCCGGCCAUUGUGGAUGCACGGACAAUGGGUGUGUCGGGCGACACAUCAGGAGAUUACUGGCUACCUGCGCCAAUGUGCCUCUACCAGAAAGAACUAACCGACCAGAUAGUGUCGUUGCACUAUUCGGACAUCCUCAAGUACUUCGAGACGAGCGACUAUAAGGAAGACAUAGUUUUGCAGUCGAUGAAGACAAUGUGCUUGAACAGCCAACUUGUGGCGACGCACCCUUACUUGCUAAUCGAUCACUUCAUGCCGAAGUCACUGCUCACAAAAGAUAUUCCCGGGCACCUGUCGGAGACAAGCGGGAAGUUUUGUGUGCUGCGGGACCUGAUGAACCUGGUGCAGGAAUACGCGAUGGAGACGUUGCUGGUGUGCCGGCCGGGGCGGACAAUGGACCUGCUAGAGGCGCUACUGUUGGGAAACAAGGUGAACAUCCGGCGGCACGACGGGCAGUCGAUCAAGACGAAGCAGAAGAAGACGCGGUACGCAUGUACGUGCCACCUGGUGCCGUCGGAGGCGGCCAAGGCGAUCGCUCUGGAGCGCGACACGCGCCUGGGGCUGGUAAUAUGCGUGGACCCGACGGUGGACACACGGGCGCCGCACAUACAGAGCAUUCUGGCGCAGCAGCAGAGGAAGUACGGGCGCACGGUGCCAACCAUCCGUGUGGCGGUGAUUAAUUCGAUCGAACAUUGCGAGUUGUUUUUCGGCAAAACGCUCGACCGGAACACACGGGACUACCUGGUAAACGUGAGCGCUGCAAUGGUGGUGUUGCGCGAUGUGGUGGGGACCCUGCCGCCCGACCUGAGGCCAAUAUAUUCGCAAAACCUGAGGUACCUGAUAGACUGGUUGGAUACCCCUGAGAGGCCAUGGCCGUUGCCGGACGUCUAUCCGGUGAAGGUAUACACUGCAAUGGACGUGGAGCGCUCGCUGCUGACCGAGGUGAAAUACUCCCAGAAUAAUGACUCCUUGGAGGAUGCGUUUACCAACGGCAAGAAACGUAACCAUAGGUCCCAUGGACAAGGGAACGGUGGAAAUGCGCCGAUCUCCUACUACCAGAUAAAGCGUUUGAAAAAUGACUACAUUGGAAAUCCCCUCAAACAAGACAUGGAACAGCUCACGGGAAUAAGCAAUAACAAAUGCAAAGAUGGUUUGCUAGAUUAUCAUCUGUCCAGUGGUACACUGACGCACAAGCUGUUGCAGGCGAUAGGCUCUGUUUAUGAGAAUCUUCAACUACAGGACGUUGAGUUAAGCCACUUCGCUGCAGUCGAGCAGAAUCAAACAGCCAUAUUCGAAAGCCAUAAGGAAGCUCUUUCGACUAUUAAAAAACAGCUAGAGGAUGCAAUUUCGAAGAAGCAGCGAAACAAUACCUUAGUGGAUGAAUAUCUGAAGAACUCCCAGAAUGAACGGGAUCAGCUUGAGGUCUUGGAGGCCGAUAUAAGCGACCUACUGGGUCAAUUGGAUGGCCGCCACCAGGGAUUUAAGCAGUUAUGGGAUGACCUAAACCAAACCGAGAAUACUUUGGCUCUAUAUAGGACCAAUGCCAAUGCUAAACGCUCAGAGGCUAGUUAUAUGGAAGAAGAACUCAUAAGAGCUGAAAAAUCGGUAGCAGAAAGCGAGAACGAACAGACACAAUUGCUGCGAGACGUAGAGCACUUGGAAGCGCUCAUUCAGGAUUGCAGGGAGAAGGAUAAACAACAACAGCAAGUCAUCAAAAACAAGUCCAAAGAUAUGGAAGAUGACAUUACACAGAAAAAAGAAGCAGUACUGGCUUUACAAAAUCAGCUAGGUACUAUAAUGGAGUACCUGAAGCAACUGCAGACGCCCAGGGUCAGAUCGCCCUCGAACGGGCAUAGAAGCAAGCAUCGCGGUUACGUAUGA